AUGCGUCACUACAAAGAAGACCUGAACUACGAAUCCUUUAGUACCGAUGAUGCCAACAAUAAUUUUAGAGGGUUCACCUCCUCCAUCAACGGCAUGUUUGUCGAUCCAGAACAAGAACGAGUUGAUUGUUGUUCCGUUGCAUGCUGUGGAACUUUGCAAGCGGACCGGAAUCGAUACAUGGUAACUGGAGUCAAGCCUCCCAGUUGCUUUCGACGAUUUCUUCUGCAUAUUGUACUUCCGUGUUGGAUAUUUGGGCUUGCAACAUUUUGUGCUUUGAAUAUCAACGAGCAUUGGCUGAAUGAGAUCUUUAGCACUGGGUUCAUAUUUAUCCUAUUUUCAUACUUCAUACUUCAGUGUUUCAAAGGAAGUAUGAAGCGGAAACAAGUAAGAAAGGAGUUGCUUUGGAGCAAGCAUGAAUUGUUCACAACUGGGAUGUUUCGAAUGCGCCACUCUGAUGAGGAUUCAACAGUUGAAUCCAUUGACGAACAAAGACUUCACCGAAAAUCACCUGAAUAUUUCAUGGGGCAGUCAAUGUCUGAUAUCAACCAGGCUCAUGGUUUGUGUGGGUUUUAUAGAAAUGAUUUUCCGGACGGCAUGAAGUCCAUUGAAGGUGAUGACAUUCACUUUUGCCGAAAGAUCUUCAAAUGCUUUUCCAAUGCUUGCUGUGGAAUAGUACUUUGUCGGCAGCUUCAGCUCUGCGGGACGUGCGCCUUGGCUCAAGAAGGUCGAGAGCUUGAAACAAUUUUGCACCCCGGUUACCAUCGCAUUGACUACAUUUCCAUGCAGCCAAUGAUGGACUAUUAUCCAGCCAUUUACGACCACAGACAUGGAAAUGCCAACUACUCAAUUUGGGGUCGAUUGUCACAAUUUUCAAAAGAGUUAAUUCAAACAAGCUUUGUGGUCCUUCUCUGUCUUUUCGGAUGGAGUCUUCUUGCUGAUAAAGUGAAUCAUGAUUUCCGGCCAUGGAACUACGUGGUUUGUAUUGCCACUCUUGUUCAGGCGACAAUUUUGAUGACAAUCAUUUGCUGGAGAUCCACCGAAGACAUCUCUGUUGAUGCGCUGCUUAAAUAUGCGGCAUGUGGAUUCUGUCUCAGCACCACAAUGGCAAUCUUCUUUGAGCUCUUGAUCGGGUUGACAAUACGCGCGGUAAUGUCCAUGGUGUUUGAGCUCUCUGGAGUCACAAAAGUACAAAGCAAUAGUUACAGCAUGGGUGGAUUCUCGUCCAAUUUUGGAGCUGACAUCUUCUGGUCCUUGCAAGAAUCAUCAGGGAACUCAUACAGUGAUUACUUGCAAGUCUAUGGGAACGAUCAUCCAAUCAUGUACACGCUGUACCUUGCGUUCAAGUCAUACGUUCUGGCUGCAAUGGUCGAAGAAUUAUGCAAAUACUAUGGAUUCAAAAUGGUGGAACACCCAGACUUCAUGUCAAAGAAUGAGUUGGAAGAUGCUUUAAGAUAUAGCUACAAAGAAGAUUCAGACCAUCAAACACAAAAGCAGCAGGCAUCAUUCCCGAGGCAGGAUCGAGGACUGCGAUCCAAAGGCUCAACAAUCACAAUGGCGAUGAUUGCUGCAAGUUUAGGAUUCACAUGCUGUGAAAAUUUGGUCUACAUCUUUGUAUACGGAGACAUGACCUUGGGGAACCAGAUCUAUAUUCUCGUUCUCCGAUCACUUCUCCCGGUCCACCCCAUUGCAGCUGCUUUGCAAAGUGUCAAAGUGUGCGAACGCGAAUUGGAAGGAAAGAAAAUAGGACUCUCUGCAGUGAUUCUGCCAGGACUUAUUUUCCACGGAACCUACGAUUUUCUUCUCCUGUGGAUUGAUUUCUUGUCCAACCGAAACGGUAGCUAUACAGCAGGAGACGACGCCGAAGGGGUUGAAUUAAAUUGGUCAGAUUUCACUGCGUUGGGGUUCGGUUUUGCGACCAUUGUUGUUGGUUUCAUAUACUUUGUUCGUCAACGAAGGAAACAACUCGUGAGGCUGUCUAGAAUAGACUCCCGCCAUCAAUCUGGAAUCAUAUAG